CCCAGAUUCUUCCACCAACUCGCCAUCUUGCCUCGUGAGGUCGGCACAGCACCAGAGUUCACCGCCAUAUUAACCGAGUAGUAUAUUUGCAGUAGGCAGUUAUCGAGCAGCUAUGCGUUGGUGGUUCACAGGUGCUUGGCUACACACAGCUAUUGACUCGGUCAUCUUCUUCCAAUGUUCGAAGAGCAAACGAGCAAAAGGUCUCUCCUUCGAAGAAAAGCGGACUAGGUUGGCAGAGUUCUUCUACGAGACUAAGGACUUUUGGCAACUCAAGGAUGUGGAAAAGAUUGCCGCGAAGAGCAAGGGCAUUGGUGAGCAUACGUCUCGCGCCAGACGGUUCUACCCGCAGAAGUUUGACCCAUGGCCAAAAACCAGUCGCUCAGACGAUCAAGGAAGUCCUGGAUAGUCUUGUGUCAGAUAACAUUGUGACAAUGGAAAAGAUCGGUACAAGCAACUAUUACUGGUCGUUUCCGUCGACUGCUGUUCAAACCAGGAAGCGCAAAAUAGACGAGCUGGAACAAGAAUUGGACAAGUUGGAGUCAAAGCGCAAAAAGACAAAGUCGGCCGUCGAACAAUCAAAAUCUGGGUGCGAGGAGACUGAGGAUCGCGCUACUUUCAUGGAAGAGCUUGCAGCCGCAGAAGCCAAGAGGAAGGAGUACAAAGCGGAGCUGGAGAAGUUCAAAGACUGCGACCCUGCGUUGAUUGAGGCUAAGGAACGAGCCGUCGCAACCGCCAAAGCCGCCGCGAACAGAUGGACAGACAAUAUCUUUGCCCUUCAGUCAUACUGCGGGCGCAAUUUCGGGAUCUCCGCAUCACAGUUCGCGGAACAGUUUGGGAUGAAGGAUGAUUUUGAUACGCUUCCUUGAGAUGAUGGGCGGCGUAGCGUUUGUUGGGGAAUUGCAUAUACGGACUCGGCAGGUUUCUUUUGAAAACAUGUUGCUUCCUAUUAUCUUUCACGUUGGCGUGUUGAGUUGAGGCUGGGCCGAACUGUUCCACCAGAAAGGCAGCACUGCAGGGACUCGAAAUAGCUUUUUGAUGUAUUUACUCUUGUCUUCGUGAUCUAUGAGUAGAUCCAAAAUUUGGGGUAUACAAAGCCGGGGAGGUAUCAGAUGCCUCAACACCGACUUUCCGUAUGGCUAACACAUCCAGACCAGGCACACCGCGUCCAAUAUAGCUAGCGAUGAUCCUGCUCCCCCUGUUCCUCCCGG